AUGGAGAAAAUACCCACAAACCUGGCGAUGAAGGAACGAUCGAAGAGUGAAUGGACCCGUUUUCGACAAAAGCUCGAGAUCUACAUGAGAGCGGCGAAGAGAAACGCCGAUGAUGAUGAGACGAAGACGGCUCUGCUCCUGGCGGCCGGGGGCGACUUGGUGUUAGAGGAGUACAACGCGAUAGACUUCCCCGAGCCAACGGCUGCCAUCGUUCGACCGGCGCACAAAGGCGCCAAAGCCACUUUUAGCGCUUACAAGUUCAGAACCAGAGUGCAAGGAGUGAAAGAGCCCUUCGCAACGUGGCUAACAGAUCUGAAGAUCCUGGCCAGGGACUGCCAUUUCGAGAAACAAGAGGAUCGAAUGAUGCGAAACCAGCUGAUUUACGGCAUACGAAGUCCGAAGGUCCGCGAGGACUUGUUGAAAAUCCAAGACUUGGACUUGCAGCAGACGGUCAACCUCCGUGCCGCAGCAGAAGCGGCAAAGAAACAAGCAGGAGAGUUCGAGAAUGAUAAAAACGCAAGAUCCAGUGAAACUUCGACGCUCCAAAAUUCGACAGCUGACGAAACGACUGAGCUGCUUGCUGAAUCUUGA